AUGCCUCCCCUCCCUCCUUCACUUAAAUCACUGUCAUUAUGUCAAGUCGGGUUGACAGAAGUUCCAAGAUUGUGGGAAGAAAUCGAUGGAAGUAGCAGCAGUAUGAUCGUUUCAGAAUUGAAAAUAUAUAGUCUUGAAGAGAUCAAGCUGGUGGACAUCCCAGAUUGUGAGGAACUCCCUUAUCUUGGACAAUUGCCGAGUCUCAAGGUUCUUCGCAUCGAGGGAAUGCCAACAGUGAAGAAGGUGGGCGAUGGAUUCUUCGGUUCUAGAGACGAAAGCAAGUGUUUUCCUAGCUUGGAGGAGCUCACGUUCAGGAACAUGCUAGAAUGGGAAGAGUGGUCUUGGGCUGAUGACCGACAGCUGUUUCCCUGCUUGCGAAAAUUUGAAAUUGUACAGUGCCAGAGGCUUAAGAGGUUGCCUCCCCUCCCUCCUUCACUUGAAUCACUGUCAUUAUGUCGAGUCGAGUCGAUAGAAGUUCCAAGAUUAUGGGAAGAAAUCGAUGGAAGUAGCAGUAUGACUGUUCCAGAAUAUGGACUCCCUUGUCUUGGACAAUUGCCGAGUCUCAAGGUUCUUCGCAUCGAGGGAAUGCCAACAGUGAAGAAGGUGGGCGAUGGAUUCUUUAGUUCUAGAGACGAAAGCAAGUGUUUUCCUAGCUUGGAGGAGCUCACGUUCAGGAACAUGCCAGAAUGGGAAGAGUGGUCUUGGGCUGAUGACCGACAGCUGUUUCCCUGCUUGCGAAAAUUUGAAAUUGUACAGUGCCAGAGGCUUAAGAGGUUGCCUCCCCUCCCUCCUUCACUUGAAUCACUGUCAUUAUGUCGAGUCGAGUCGAUAGAAGUUCCAAGAUUAUGGGAAGAAAUCGAUGGAAGUAGCAGUAUGACUGUUCCAGAAUAUGGACUCCCUUGUCUUGGACAAUUGCCGAGUCUCAAGGUUCUUCGCAUCGAGGGAAUGCCAACAGUGAAGAAGGUGGGCGAUGGAUUCUUUGGUUCUAGAGACCAAGGCAAGUGUUUUCCUAGCUUGGAGGAGCUCACGUUCAGGAACAUGCUAGAAUGGGAAGAGUGGUCUUGGGCUGAUGGCCGACAGCUGUUUCCCUGCUUGCGAGAACUUAAAAUUGUACGAUGCCCGAGGCUUAAGAGGAUGCCUCCCCUCCCUCCUCCACUUCAAACAUUAAAUUUACAUGAAGUCGGAUUGACAGAACUGCCAGGGUUAUGGGAAGGAAUCGACGGAAGUAGCAACAGUAUGACUGCAUGUUUUACAGAAUUUAGUCUUGAAAGGGUCGAGCUGAUGGACAUCCCAGAAUGUGAGAGACUCCCUUGUCUUGGACGACUGCCGUAUCUCAAGGUUCUUCGCAUCGAGGGAAUGCCAACAGUGAAGAAGGUGGGCGAUGGAUUCUUCGGUUCUAGAGACGAAAGCAAGUGUUUUCCUAGCUUGGAGGAGCUCACGUUCAGGAACAUGCGAGAAUGGGAAGAGUGGUCUUGGGCUGAUGGCCGACAGCUGUUUCCCUGCUUGAGAAAACUUGAAAUUGAAAGAUGCCCGAGGCUUAAGAGGUUGCCUCCCCUCCCUCCUCCACUUGAAACAUUAGAAAUAGAUGAUGUCGGAUUGACAGAACUGCCAGGGUUAUGGGAAGGAAUCCAUGGAGGCGGCGGUUGUAUAACUGCUUCUCUUUCAUCAUUGGUAAUAUAUAAAUGUCCAAAUCUAAGAAAUCUGGAAGAAGGGUUGCUAUCGCACAACUUCCCAAAUAUCGGUGACAUUGCGAUAUUGGAAUGCGCGGAACUCGUGUUGCUGCCGGUGAAGGAGUUUAAAGAACUCACCUCCCUUAAGAAGUUGUCAAUCCGCAGUUGCCCGAAGCUCUUGAGCAUGACGCGAGAUGGGGACAAUGACAUCCUCCUUCCACCCACAAUCAAGGAACUAGUGCUGUCUGACUGUGGGAAUCUGGGAAAAUUGCUACCGGGCUGCCUGCACAACCUGACCUCACUCACUCGAUUGGAAAUAGGCGACUGCCGGUGCAUAGAGUCUCUGCCAGCGACGUUGCUGCUUCACCUGAAACGACUUCGAUAUCUGAAAUUUUGGAAAUGUGGUGAGCUGAGAUCAAAAGACGAGUUGUUGCUGAACGAAGGGAAUGAGCAAGUGGAGGGUUCGUCGGUAACUGAAUUAUGCAUCGACGACACAGCCCUGUUCAAACUAUCGCUCUUAAGAAGGACACUUCCAUCCGUUCGUAUUCUCACAAUCUCAAACUUUCCUCGAGAGACGAUGUCUGAUGAGGAGGAGCAGUUGUUGGGAAGCCUCACAGCUCUCGGAUGGCUAGAAUUCUUCAAUUGCUUGAAUCUACAAUCGCUACCGAGAGAGUUGCAUGCCCUUCCCUCCCUCCGGAUUCUAGCAAUAAUUGGAUGUCCGGAGAUUCAGGCGCUACCUGAGAAGGGGCUGCCGACGUCCCUCAGGAAUCUACAUUUCGAAGACUGCCAUCCGAGGCUGACGGAGCAGCUGCAAAAGCACUUGGCCGAGAUGAAGAGUUCGGAUCGAUUUUUGGAUGUUGACCAUUAUGAUCUCCCAUCUCUCCAACUACUUGAUGAGAUAUCAUAA